GGGAAAACAAAUGAACAGGAUUUAAAUGGCCGAGAUAUUUUUCAAUAUUUUCCAAGUAAAUGAUGGAAAACCGCGACCUCGUUGUCCCAGCUAACUCUCGCAUAGACGAGACUCCUACUCGUGGUAGUUCUGAGCUGAAAACGUCUCCUCCGCCUCCGAAGAGCUCUCCUGUUUCAAGCGCUAGUCGUUUGAGUCUGACAUCAAAGCUCAAAGGUGAAAAUAAAACGGUUGAAUUUGAGGAGAUACGACGCGGGAAAAGCUCGUGCAGCUCCGUCGAGGAGGAAAAACAAGUUGCGGAUGUUUUGAAGGGUCGUUUGUACGACAACGCUGGAACUUCUGAUGUUUAUCGUAGUCUACGCACACAGCCAAGAAUAAAGCCACGUCCUCCAGUGAAUUCGUCCCAGAAACAGCAGUCAGCACUGUAUCGGGCAACUCUGUUGAGGAAAGAGAAACAAAAAAAGCUUCCUACACAAAUUACUGCAGGGACUUGCAGAGACCAUGCUGAACUGGAUGCUGUGGUGCAGUCAUCCAGUGAUCUUAGGAGAAGCUCCACCCAUGGAACAGCUACCCUCUCUCCCCUCCCCGAUACUCCAGGCACCACUCCAGGGUGUGGCCCAGAUUGUUACGAAGGACUUGACAUUGUUAAAGUUGUCCAAUUACUUCGAAAACGUUUAAACUGGGAGACGAACAUUGAAACCAUCAUUAAAGAGGAGUGGAUGUCAUUAAAAUGCUCCACACAGCCUGGAAAAGCAAUCAGUAAAACUUUGUACACCCUACCAGAUGAUGGUGUGUUUGCUUAUGCUACUCUCAAGGACCUUAAUAAUCCCAUAGCACGAUAUAAUCCAUAUGAUUUAGUCUGUGUCGGUGCUGCACAGACCUUUGAUUCAAAGCAACUGUUUACUGUUACCGCUUCAGCCGUUACACAGUUAAACAAGAAUGUUGAUGCGGACCUUAUUCCCAUCGCACGCUGGCUUCACGAAUGGAAAAUGUUCCACGAAAUCUUUAAGAUGCCAGUCUUUGCUAACUUCAGAAUAUGGAAAGCGUUUACAACUUGGAGAAAUAACGUACGAUCUUUUGCAAAAACGGAAAACAGACAAACAUUACGCGAGUGCCUAAGCACCGCAGACGACGUCCUUCAGGUCUCCGUGCUUAAGAUUCGCAGCCUUUGCGAAGAACAAUGUAGCAGUUUACAGCACGAGCCCGCGAGAAUCUUGUUCAUUGACGAGAAAUUCGGGGAGAAAACGUUCACUUUGGACGAGUUUGUGACACAAUCCUCUCUCCAGGCUGAUCUCGUUCACAAGCAGCUUCAGUCAUUACGAGCAACGUGUCUGUCAAUCACUGCGGACGCCUGUCAAAAUGUUAUUGAAAGACAUGCAGGAUUAUUGCAAUGGAUGAAACCGAAAUCUGGAACCUCAGACCCGAAGCCUACGUACAUCCAGAUAGCGCAAUGGAGAUCAGUCCUCACGAGGUUGCACAAGUUUGUUCGAGGUGUUGAUUUUGUUAUCCUUGAGCUUCUACGUCGUCUUGUUGUCAGAGCCGCUUGCACGUUGCUAGCCAAGGUACAGGCCUCCUCGGCCAAGCAGUAUCCCGCAGGGCAACACGAUGCUGACGAUAGCAUUACGUCGCACGAGCCGAGCUGUCCCCCAGCCAUGUUGACAGUGAAGUUGGUGUUAAGUAUACCUGAGUCUGUCGUGAUGGAUGACGCGCCCUCAGUUGGAGGAAAAGUAGAAACGCUUUUUUCUGGCGGGGAAAGUGGAAGAAACAGCAAGUCGACGGACCGGAACUCCUCAGAGCUAUCCCAAAGAAUUGCACCAAGUAGCUUCGUUGACCUGGAUCCUAGUAAAGAGGAAUUUAUAUCCGCUAUGCAAGGUGUGAUUUCGAAGUUCCAAGAGGUCGUGUCAUCAUUCAAGAGUCUACUAGCAGACGAAUGUAUCGCGUCGCUUGUGACACCGCCGUCCACUGAUCUCGUACAUUCUCUCAGACAAACGGAGCUGGACGAUGAUACGGACGAAUUGGACGGAUGGCCAGAUGUUAAACUGAUCUUCGGCAAAGAUCCUGACUAUCAACACACCGUCAAAUCUUUGAUUGCAUCGAUUAAGAAGGAGAUUCACGGCGUGCGAGUUUUCUCAGAGGAUUACAGAGGUUUCUGUCGUAUGGUGGACGUGUGUCGCAGAGUGGAUGUUGAUGCCUUGAUGAGUGAUCAAUCAUGGGGUUAUAAUGAAUUUCACUCCGCCUUACUGAAACACUCAGAUCAGUUAAAUGCGAUGAAAGAGAUGAUCCUCGCAAAAAGAAUUGGUUUCCUAUCGGUUGACGUCACUUCAUUUUUUGAUUCGUGUAUUCCUUAUCCCACUGAAGUCUUACAACGCGUCCACCAUCAUCUGCCUAUCGUAGCAGCCAAAGCGAAUAAUGUUUUGCUCAAUGUUAUCAAGGGUUAUUCCAAGAAUUUGGACAGGUCUCCUGCAUCCGUGGAGAAUUUCAUGGAACGGCUGAACCUUCAAGCACGCGUGUCACGUGAACUACCUCAACUAGAACAGGAGUUUCUUAAAGUGAACAAACUCUAUUCUCUUGCUAUCAGCUUUGACGUUCAUGUUGAACCCGAGGAGAUGGCUUUGUAUCAGACUCUCAUGCCGAGCUUUCACAACCUAAAGUCGACGAUGUUAUACUGUGAAGCGAAGAAGGAUGAGAAUAUUAUGAAAUUUAGCUGCGAACUUGACGCACUUAUUGGCAGUAUCCAUGGUGAACUGGUGACGCUGAAGAACAAGAUCCGAGCGCCUAGUCUUAUCGACUCGAUCAACACUUCCAAGACGAUACUGGAAACUUUGAGUGUACUUGGAGAUGAGUUGCAGGAAAUAUCAAGUAAAGCAAGAAACUACGCUGUUUAUCAAGAUCAUUUCGUUGGAGCUUUGUCCUCAACAAGCCGUCGAAAAGCGAUCUAUAUGAGUGGAAGCGAUGAUGGAAGAAAGGCUGACAACGCAGGAUCAUUACAGAGAGAUGUUGUUGAGGUUGAACGAGAUCUUUCUUUGAGAAGGUUGCUCUGGGAGUCCUCGGACCAGUGGAAGCGACUCGUGAAUCAAUGGGAGGAAGAGCCGUUUGAUCGUUUGAACGUUGACGAAAUGCAGAAGACUGUCAGCAAAUUAAUGCAGACGAUAUUUCUCUUGGAGAAAGGUGUUCCAGCGAACAAUGUUAUUCACAAGCUCAAACAAGAAGUGACAACGUUCAAACAAGGCAUGCCUGCUGUUAUAAGUCUGCGCAAUCAUGCUCUAAGACCACGACACUGGGAUGCCGUUCAAAUAUUAAUGCAGAGAAACUUUGUGAGAGAUAAACAUUUCACACUAGGAGUUUUACUAAAAAUGAAUGUGUUUCGUUAUAAAACUAAGAUAGUCGAGAUCUCUUCUCAUGCGACCAAUGAAUUCACACUGGAGCAAAUGCUUCGCAAGGUGAUGGAUUUCUGGAAUCGUACGGACUUCAAUCUCACCGCUCAUGCCAGUCGAGAUAUUGCGAUCAUCAAUGGUGCUGAUGACAUAACCACCGCCCUGGAAGAUAGUCUUGUUACGUUAGCUAAUAUAAAGAGUUCUCGAUUUGUGGCUCCUAUUAAACCUUUGGUCGAAGAAUGGGACAGGAAGCUAACGUUGUUUUCUCUCACCUUGGAAGAAUGGUUGAUCUGUCAAAGACAUUGGUUGUAUCUUGAAAGUAUCUUCUCUGCGUCUGAUAUUCAGAGACAACUGCCAAACGAGACACGGCUGUUCACUCAAGUUGAUAGAUCUUGGAAAGAUAUCAUGAGGCGAGCAGCUGAUCAUCCCAACGCUCUUCGAUCAACAACUGCUGCAGGUGUGUUGGAGAUACUGCAAACCUGUAACACUCAGAUGGAUAAGAUACACAGAUGCCUUGAGGAUUAUCUGGAAACAAAACGACUAAUCUUCCCAAGAUUUUAUUUCCUAUCCAACGAUGACCUUAUAGACAUUUUAUCUAAUGGAAAAGAUCCUCAAUGUAUCCAGCCUCAUCUGAAGAAGUGUUUUGGGAAUGUGCGUAAGUUGGGAAUCAAACACGAAACAAACGCGUUUCAGGUUUAUCACAUGAUCUCAGCUGAGGAUGAAUGUGUUGCAUUGAACAAACCAGUCAAGAUCAGAGGUGCGAUAGAAUCGUGGUUAGCGACCGUGGAAAAUGCAAUUCGUAAUGUCAUAAAACUAUAUUUAAAACAAGCGUUAUCGAGACGUAAUGAAGAGUUCACACCUUGGGUUUUGGGACAUCCUGGACAAGUAGUUCUAACUGUGUCGCAAAUUCUUUUCUGUCGCGAUGUUGUGUCCUGCAUGGAAAACAAGGAGAGAUCGUUUGAGACGUUGCACGAACAGCAGUUGUCAACACUGAAUUCACUGGUGGAUCUUGUUAUGUCACCAUUGCUGUUCCAUCAUAGACGAUCCAUUGAAGCCCUUCUCACUAUCAAAGUUCACGAGCGAGAUGUUUUACGGACGCUUAUUGAUGAUGAUAUACACGAUGCAGAGGAUUUUCAGUGGAAAAGACAACUACGAUACAAGUGGAGUGAGAACGAGAGCACUUGUCAUGUUUUACAACAUAAUGCUAGUUUUGAAUAUGGUUACGAAUACCUUGGUUGUCCCUCGAGGCUGGUCAUCACGCCGUUGACAGACAGAUGUUACCUUACUCUUACUGGUGCUCUACAUCUGCGCAUGGGUGGCGCGCCAUUCGGUCCUGCUGGCACGGGAAAAACUGAGACAGUGAAAGAUCUAGCCAAGGCGUUAGGAAAACAGUGUGUCGUGUUCAAUUGCUCUGAAGCCCUCGACUACAAGAUGACUGGGAGGUUUUUCUCGGGAAUCGCUCAGUCAGGAUCGUGGUUUUGUUUCGACGAAUUCAAUCGUAUUGAUGUGGAGGUAUUGUCCGUCAUUGCUCAGCAGCUUCAUGCUCUCAAGACGGCCAAGGACAACAAUGCUACGUGGUUUGUGUUUGAAGGACGAGAUAUCAGGCUUUGUCGGACUUGUGGCGUUUGUAUUACCAUGAAUCCUGGCUAUACAGGUCGCGUGGAGCUUCCUGACAACGUGAAGUCCUUAUUUCGUCCAUUUGCAAUGAUGGUACCAGAUUACGUCUUGAUCACGGAGAUCAUUCUCUUCUCUGAGGGUUUUGUGACCGCCAUGUCUUUAUCAAGAAAGAUUGUCAAACUCUAUGAACUGAUCAGCAAACAGCUUUCACAACAGGAUCACUAUGACUUUGGUCUUCGUUCAAUAAAGUCGAUGUUGCUGUUAGCUGGAAAACAUAAAAGAUCGAAUCCACGACCUGGCAAUGAUGGAAGGAGUAUUGAGGAACACGAAGCUGGUUUACUUUUGAAAGCAAUUCACAGCACGAAUGUGCCAAAGUUUGUCACUGAAGAUAUUCGAGUGUUUGAACAAAUAUUGAAUGAUCUUUUCCCUGGCUUGUCGAAGCCACAUUCUAACGACAAGAUCUUUCAAAAAGCCAUGGAGCUUGCUCUAGAAGAGCUCCAUCUGAAGCACUGCCCGUCACAGUUGGAGAAAGUCGCCUAUUUCCACGAAAAUCUCUUAUCUCGUGGUGGCAUUGCCCUGGUCGGCGAGACAGGAGGUGGAAAAACAACGAUUAAGAAGAUCUUGAAAGAAGCCAUGUCCCUUAAACCGAUCUUAAACAUUCUUGAAGACAAGUACAUGGUUGCACUAGGAACGGCUAAUGCUGAAUUUAAUUGUAGCGUCGUUGACAUGACCAGAAAACAGAUCAUCACGUCAAAGUACGUGAUUGGUAAGAAAGCGCAGGUGAAUGUGGCCACGAUCAAUCCAAAAUGUGUCAGUAUGUCAGAGCUUUAUGGCGAAUUCAACUCAAACACGAUGGAAUGGAAAGACGGAAUAUUAUCACGUGUAUUCAGAACGUUCUCAAACGAGGGCAACACGGCCGUGACGUGCAACAAAGGUUUUCGGGAGAAAGAAGAGUCUCACAAGAUCACGAUUAUCGACGAUGAUGAAAUCUCUCAAGCGGCGACUCCUUCGUCGUCACUCUCAAAUCCUUCGUAUGUACAAGACGCUAGUGCUUGGUACUGGAUUGUCCUGGACGGACCAGUGGACACUGUCUGGGUGGAGAAUCUCAACACCGUUCUUGAUGAUACGAAGGUCCUUUGUUUAUCAAGUGGGGAACGCAUCAACACCGGACCUGGAAUGAAAUUUAUUUUUGAAGUUGAUAACCUGGCCAAUGCCUCGCCAGCCACGGUCAGUCGAUGCGCAAUGGUCUAUGUGGACCCAAGAGAUCUUGGAUGGAGACCUUUUGUAAAGGCGUGGUUUUCAAAGCUCAAAGAUGAAGAGAAGAUUUCUGAAGAUGGUUGCGAUCACUUGCUGUGGUUAUUCAACAUAACGCUGGAUGAAGGUUUAGCAUUUCGUCGUUCAGGACUGACCACGAACCAAGUGAAUCAGACGUGUGAUCUCAGCGUUGUCAAAUGUCUUUGUGCGAUACUUGAAUCUUUGUUGAAUUAUGUUCGCAAAGAGGAACGAUUAAUCAAAGUUUUCCCGACAGACACACCUGAGAGGAGCAGUUCAACUGACGUAUCUUCAUCCAACGUAUCGUCAUCCAACGUUUCUCACAGUCCGUUUACUACAACACCAUCAUCAGACUACAACAAUCUCCUCAGUAAACUUUACCUCUUCUCUUUCACCUGGUCUAUCGGCUGCAAUUUCGUUGCGUCUGCCGAAGAUAAAGACUAUAUCUACACGCCAUCUGCAAGUCUUUUCGACCUUAGACAAGAACACGAGGAAGACAACAUCCAAACCCAUCCAGAUAUCAACUCUAAUCCAUUUGAUGCCUUCAUACGGAAGAUCUUUCAGAGCAACCCCAUCUUAGAGAAGAUGCUACCUCCAGCUCAACAUAGCGUCUUCGACUGCUUUUUGAACUUGGAUACAGAACAGUUUGUACUUUGGCAAACCCUCGUCCCAAAGGCAGAUGUCCUCAUUCAAAAGACCCUCACUCGAAGCAUCGCGAUUACGGAAUCGUUAGGUCUGAUGGAAGAGUGUACAGCUUUCGAUGACUUAAAGACACAGAGUCUUGUUCCAACGCGAGACACGAUACGCUACGAAUUCCUCUUGGCAUUGCUGUUACUAAACGAUAAACCUGUGCUUCUGACUGGUGAUGUUGGCGUUGGAAAAUCCAUUCUUGUCGAAGAUGUUUUACUACGCUUGUCCAAGGAAGUAGGUUCUACAAGCGGCGCUGGAACAAUCAUUGAUACAGUAUUGAGGUCAGCGACUAACAUGAACGAGAGUCUUACGGAUGUGUCGAAAUAUCAUGCUAUGAUCACACCGUCUGUCAAGUAUUCUUCUAUGCAGUGCUCAGCUCGUCUUACUCCAAAACAAGUUCAAGCCUUCAUCGUCAGUAAGUUGAUCAAGAGUCGGCGACACAGUCUAGGAGCCCAGGAAGGAGCCAAGGUGAUUGUGUUCAUGGAUGACCUCAAUAUGCCUGGCCCUGACGAGUUCGGUACCCAACCCCCCCUGGAGUUGAUACGUGAAUAUCUGGAUCACGGGGGGUUUUAUGACACUCGUAAACUUCUCUGGACUGAUGUGGAUGAUGCGACCGUGGUUGCUGCUUGUGGGCCACCAACUGGAGGACGUCAUUCGAUGAGCCCACGAGUUGUAAGUCAUUUCAAUGUGUUGUCUCUCCCUCGGCCUGCCGUGAAAUCCCUCCAUCGUAUCUUCCAAGUUCGUCUUGGUCGUCAUCUACAAAGCCAUGAUUUCCUACAAGACGUGCGUGAAAUGUACCAGGAGCUAGUCUUUGCUACGUUGUCUGUGUUCUUCGCCGUGGCAGCAACGCUUCUGCCAACACCAGCAAAAUCACAUUACACUUUUAAUCUUAAAGAUGUUAAUAAGGUGAUUCUUGGUCUACUUCAAGCUGACAGUAUGGCUGUGACCACUCGUGAUCAAAUGACGCUGUUAUUUGCCCACGAAGCGACUCGUGUGUUCCACGACCGCUUGGUGGAAAAGGAAGAUCGACAGUUCUUCUAUGGCGUCCUGAUGGAGAAGAUAGAUCAUUGUAUACGAUGCAAGGUGCCUGUGGAUACGCUUACAAAGAAAACGCUGAUAUUUGGGGAUUUCGCAGACCUCAAUAACCCGAAGGCUGACCGAUCAUAUCGACAGAUCAAAGAUGUCAAUUUGCUUUCACAAACCCUCCAGGAGUUUUACAACCGUCUUCGUUUGUCUGAUGAAAAUUUCGACCAACCAUUCGUGUUCUUUCGUCAAGCGGUCGAGCACCUGUCGCGUGCCGCUCGUGUAUUCCGACAGCUUGGCGGUCACCUCCUAUUGGUUGGCCUGGGCGGGACGGGAAAGGGCAGCGUGGUAAAGCUUGCCGCGUAUCUAGAAAAUUGUGAGUUCAGAACAUUACGUACUCUCUCGAACUACAAUAUUACAGAUUUCCACGAGGAUGUUAAGGCCGCCCUAUGUAUUGCUGGUAUUGACGGACUAAACACGGUUCUGUUUUUGAAUGACAGAUAUUUAGUCAAGGAAUCAUUUUUCGAGGACGUGAGUUACAUGCUAAACGGACGAGAAGUCCCAGAUAUGUUCAGCAACGAGGAUAAGGAACGUAUAUUCAUCAGCUUGGGAAAAAAUGCCAGAUCUCUGGGAAUCUCGAAUGACAAGCACGCGGUAUUUGAUCUCUUUAAACAACGUGUCAACGACCAUAUCCAUUACGCCGUCUCCAUGACACCCUCGGGAACGUUAUUCCGGCAACGAUGUCGUGUGUAUCCGUCGCUGAUCAACUGCUGCGCCAUCGAUUGGUAUGAUGAAUGGCCAAACGAUGCCCUUGAAGCUGUGGGGAAGACAUUCUUGCAAUCCGUCGAGAUAGCAGAGUUUCAUCGUUUGACGAGGUUAUCUGUGGACGUGCAUCAUAUCAGCCAAGAGGCCGCUGGCCGCUUCAGGACCGAGCUCUCGCGACGCUGCUAUGCCACUCCAGCUACCUAUAUGGAGUGCAUUCAAAUGUUUCUGGAGAUCUUUGUCAAGAAGCGGGAGGAAUAUCUGAAGUACAGAGAACGUCUAAGCGCAGGAAUAUUGAAACUGGAUGAAUCGUACGAGUUGGUGGGUAAAAUGAAACAGGAAUUGGUAGAACUCUCUCCAGAACUGGAACGAAAAGCAAAGGACACGGAGGUCUUGUUGAAUCAAUUAGCGAAAGAUCAGGAGUCUGUGGAUGAGGUACGUCAUGUAGUGUCCGAGGAAGAGUCAUUGCUCAACCAAGAAGCGGAACGCGUGCGAGAAAUCGCUGACGAGGCACAAAGAGAUUUAGAUCAAGCCAUUCCAGCUUUAAUGGCGGCCAACGAAGACCUUAACACUCUUGAUAAAUCAGAUAUUGCUGAGAUUAGGGUAUAUACGAAGCCACCUGGUAUGGUGAUAACUGUCAUGGCUGCCGUUUGCUUGAUACUAGAGGAAAAAACAGACUGGGCGAACACAAAACAAGUAUUGGCUGAUCCAGGAUUUUUAAAGAGGCUCAUUAACUUCAACAAAGACAGCGUUACCGACCGUGUGUUUGGGAAAUUAAAACGAUACACGAGUCAUCCGAACUUCACUCCGGAUCAUGUGGGGAAAAUCUCGGUCGCAUGCAAAUCCAUGUGUCGUUGGGUUAUCGCGUUGGAUUACUACACCGAGACAUUCCGGGCUGUGCUGCCGAAACGGGCUCGUUGCGAGGAGGCGUUUCAGGCACUUGUUGAAGCCAAACAUAAGUUGGAUCUAAAGCAAGCAGCUUUAGCAAAUAUUGAACAUCAAUUGCAGCUUCUUCGUGAUCAAUAUCAAGCGAGUCUGAACGAGUUAGAGUCUUUGCACGAGAGAAAACGCUUAACAACUGAAAGACUUGGACGAGCUUCUAUUUUGUCGAGAGCUUUCAGCGAGGAACAUCAACGUUGGCUUGAGUCUGUGAGGAAACUGGAUGAGAGCUCGCAAGGAUUGGUUGGAGAUGCUUUUCUUGCCGCUGCAACCAUUGCCUACCUCGGACCGUUUACACAGAAUUUCCGCGAACAGGUUUACUCGCUGUGGUUCGAGUCCUGUCAGAAACGAGACAUUCCAGUUUCGAGCGAUUUUGAUUUAGCUCAGUUCCUCACUAACCCCAGUGAGACUCAGCGAUGGUUAAGUCAUUCCCUGCCACACGACACAACCUCAAUACAAAGCGCCGUACUCGUGGCGAACACUCGCAAGUGGCCACUGUUGAUAGACCCGCAGCAACAAGCAGUAAAAUGGAUCUCGGAGAUGGAGAAAGAAAAUGGAGUGACGAUCGUGAAAUCUGGAGACGUCAACUGUUUGACAGCAAUCGAAGAAGCUGUGCAACUUGGAAAAGCUGUUGUUAUCACGGAUGUUCGCGAGAGCAUUGAUCCUCGUUUAGAGUCGGUUUUACAGCGUCGUACGACCGUACGUGGUAACCAACAUGUGAUGAAAAUCAAUGAAACCGAAGUGGAAUACAACAGCAACUUUAAACUCUUCCUCGCGACGAGUCUUGUCAAUCCUCAAUUCUUUUCCGAGGUAUUCAAUCAAGUCACAGUCAUCAAUUUUACUGUCACAUUCGAAGGACUUCAGGAUCAGUUGCUUUCUAAAGUCGUGUACGAGGAACGUCCUGAAUUGGAGAGAAAAUUCUUCAACCUAAUUGAGAAUGUUGUCAGUGAUCGUUCAAAGAUACGUGAUUUGGAGGACAAGUGUUUAGAUCUCUUGCAUUCUUCAGAGGGGAACAUAUUGGAUGAUGAGGAACUUAUAUCUACAAUAGAGGAUAGCAAGAAUACAGCGAAUACAAUUCAACGGAAAGUGGAGCAGUCUGAAGCUGCUAGAAGUGAGAUUCGACUGACUCGAGAACAUUACCUUCCUGUGGCUACUCGUGGAGCGAUAAUAUAUUUCACGUUGGUUGAUCUUCCCAGCCUCAACAUCAUGUAUCAGUUCUCGUUACAGUGGUUUGUCGAUCUCUUCGUUUCCUGUCUACUGUCCUUGCGUGACAACGCUCGAUUCGAGGGAAAGAAAAGACCUGAUUCGCCGCUGUUAGGAACCUUACAGGCCGGUACAGUCCAGCCGCUGUACAGGAUAAAUAAACGCAGGCGUAGCACCAUGUAUGAAAGAUUGGCUCAACAAAGAAGACGUCAGCUUAGUUUAACAAGCUCGACUGAUCUUGGACUUCAGGAUCAUCUGGAGUCUUUGAUCGACGUGAUCACGGAAACUGUUUAUCGCCAUGUCACGUAUGGAUUGUUCGCGCAACAUCAAACCACCUUCUCGUUCUUAUUAUGUUGUAAUAUCAUGAAGUAUUCCAAAGAUGAGCACUCGGGAAUGCCGCUGAUCGGGAAGAACGAAUGGAGUUUAUUUAUAUGGGGAACGUCGUCUCUGGCGUUUACGGAGAGGAAUGUCGCGUCUUCUAAUGGACCUCGGAAAAAUGGAACUCCAGGAGUGGCGAAAGGAAGCAUGGGUACGCAAUCAGCAAGAGCUAAACCACCGUUGAAAUGGAUCAGUGUACCCAUGUGGCAGGAGUGUGUACAACUAUCAGCACUCUCACCCUCAUUCUCUGGAUUAUGUCAGGAUAUUGUUGACAAUCUACUCUUCUGGUCGGAAUUCGUUAAAGUUGAUGAUCCCUAUAUAUACCUCGAUGUACAGGAUGAUCCCAUUGAUGAAUGUGAAGACAAAGAAAAGAACGCCUGGAGUUGUUCAAAAUUGUCAAGUUUUAAUCGUCUGAUGGUAGUGAAAAUACUUCGACCCGAGCGACUGCUGGAGUCUGUCCGGACGUUCGUCAAAGAACAUCUUGGCUCUCUCUUUGUGUCAGCAUUGCCGUUGGACUUACGAGAAAUAUUUUCCGCUUCUGAUCCCAAAGUUCCCUUGGUAUUCAUCCUGGCACCAGGUACUGAUCCAGCAUCGCAGUUGAUGCGUUUUGUCCGUGAUAUUCGAGGCAGCGCAUGUCAGUUGGACAUGGUCUCACUCGGCCGGGGUCAGGAGACGCGAACCGAGGAGACUGUGACCAAGGCUUAUAAACACAGAGGAAGAUGGGUCUUUCUACAGAAUUGUCAUCUUGCUUUGUCGUUCAUGCCGAAACUGAAAGAAAUAAUAAGAAAGAUCGCUGAGCCCGGAGUGGCCGUCGAACCGUCGUUUAGACUUUGGCUGAGCUCUGCACCACAUAAAGAUUUUCCAAUCUCUAUACUCCAGGCUGCUACCAAGAUGACCGUCGAAUCCUCGCCUGGUAUCAAAGCCAACAUCCUACAAUCGUUUGCGACCGUUGGCGGCGCAGUGACGGCUGGGAUAUUCGAGGACAACAAUCCUGGACCACACUGGAAGAAGCUUCUCUUUGGAUUGUGUCUUCUCAACGCAGUUGUGCAAGAACGAAGGAAGUUUGGCGCUCUUGGUUGGAAUAUUCCUUACGACUUCCCAAGCGCUGAUCUGGAGGUAUCAAUCUCCAUGCUUCGAAUGCUGUUAUCUGAACACGCCAAUGUCCCGUGGCAAGCGUUGGUGUAUCUCACAGCUGAGAUUACUUACGGAGGACGUGUCACCGACAAGUGGGACAAAAGAUGCCUGAUGAAAAUUGUGGAGAAGUUUUGUUCACCGGACUGUCUCGAGGACGAUUUUAGUUACACGUCAAGUCAGGAAUAUCAGCCACCAUCCAUUGGCACCUCGUUUUCUGACUGCUGCGACUAUAUCGAGAGCUUGCCGACCGUUGAUCAUCCGGAGUUAUUCGGAAUGCCCUCGGAGGCGAAUCGUUUCUGUUUACAAAACGAAGCCAAGCGUCUUCUGGAUGAUAUGAUUUUGGUUCACCCGCAGAUCGAUAACGUUGCUGGGUCUGGCAAGAGCAAUGAUGAGAUUGUGUUGGAACUAGUUUCGGACAUUCAAAAGCUUCUUCCAACCAGAGUUGAUUAUUUCCAACAACAACCAUCCACGCAUGAUCUUGGGUAUCCCACCACGAAUAGCGCAACUGAUCCCGUGAUGAACCCAACUACCACCACUUCAUCAGCCUUGCAUACUGUAUUAAAACGAGAAGUGGCGAGGUUCACUCGUCUCUUGAACGUAAUCCAUGCCUCGCUCAAUUCCCUCUUUCAUUCCAUUCAUGGCAGAGUCUUGUUGUCGGAUGAAAUCGAAGAAACGUACAAAUCUUUGCUGGUGAACCAAGUCCCUCCUCAGUGGCAGAAAGUCUCCUAUGACUCCACGAAACCUCUGGCAUCUUGGGCCAACAAUCUUGUUCAAAGGAUCAAUUUCUUCUCUCGUUGGCUUGAGGCCACCCUCGUAGCUCGUGAUACCUCAGCGUCAACACGCUCAGCCCACUCCACUCGUUCUGGCACGGUCAUUGCCGAGAAGAAGUCGUCCAGUGGUGUAUUUAGAUCUCCUGAUAUGCCUCGCGCUUUCUGGAUCUCUGCGUUCUUUUUCCCGCUUGGAUUCUUUACUUCAGUGCUUCAAAGACAUGCUCGUGUACAUCAUGUGCCCGUGGAUUCUCUGAGACUCAACUACGAGAUCACGGAAAGAACCUGGCUUCAUGGUGACGAGGAACACGAGCGAGAUCUUGACAUGAGCAAGAUUGCAUUUCACGGCUCAUCCCAAGACGACUGUGUUCGUAUUUUUGGAUUGUAUCUCGACGGUGCCGUCUGGGAAGCAACCUCAGCGUCUCUGCAAGAAGCCGGAAUAGAUGAACGCUUUUCAGCCUUGCCUGAACUGAAGAUAUUACCAGUCGUGAAUGCUGAGGAAGAAACUCCCGAUAGGACGAACUUAGUAUCCUAUGAAUGCCCCGUCUACUCCACGCCCACACGUGGCAACUCGUUUAUCCUCGCUAUCCAUCUGCCAUCCAGACAUCCCUCGCAUCACUGGGUCACGCGUGGCGUUGCCUUGGUUACACAACUACCGGAAUAAGAGGCCCGCUGUAGACUGGUCAGUGGUAUCGUUUCAUUUGUAUUUUUAUAACUAUUUAAGUAUUGGGUUUUCCCAAAUGUUGUACAGCAGCAGCUAGUGAGAUUCAUUCAAGUACGAAGUAUCUAUGGCUGUAAAUUUAUAUCUCUUCAUAGACAGAGGCAAGAGAAUUGAACUGAACUAUUAAAUUCAAUUCCUUUGCCAUUGAAUAUAAGGAAUGUCGCGUAGAAUGAAAGGAAUUCGCGUUACUUUCGUAUUUCCUUCGUUUACUGCAAGUGAUUACAUGAUAGCCAAAAGUAAACCCAUGCAGUGAUUGACGUUGGUCGUGUCGUGUAUAUAUAUUGUUAAUAUGUGAAUAUACUUUAUUUAAGUUCUAAGAUUGAUGCUCAUUUUGAGUUCAUUUGCAAUCAAGCGCAUAGUGUUUAUUUUCAUUUCAUACAGUAUUUAUUUUGUACAAGCCAUGUU